AUGAACGCGCAACAGCAACAGACGCGGCAGUCCCUCGGGCAGGGACACUUUGACCUGCUCAUGUCGGCCAUCGCGGCGUCGGGACAGCAGCAGCAGCAGCAGCAGCAGCAAUAUAUGGGUAUGCAGGGAGGACACGGGAUGAACGCGAGCAUGUCGAACAUGCUACAACAACCCGCACAGCCCGCCGAUCAGACGGCGAUGACCCUCGACCAGAUGUUCGGGCAUACCGGCUUCUCGCGCGCCAUGUCCGCCGCGCAAAGUACGCCCGCCCCGCAGCUCACUACCCCCUUCUACGAGCUCCUCCUCCAGAAUCUCACGAACCAACAAGGCCAGGGCCAAGGUCAAUCCCAUCCGCACUCGCACUCGAAUCAUCUCGGUAUGAUGGACAUGCCUCCAGCGCACAUCCAGCAGACGCGGUCGGGACGGAUAUCGCGCCCGCCACCCGUAGUGCCCAUGGCGCAGAAUGAUCUGAUGCGGAUGCUGGCGAUGCUGAAUCAGCCGGGGAUGGAGCCUGUGCGGGCGGCGAUGAAAUCGGCGGGGGUGUUUGAGGGGUAUGCCCAGGCCCAGGCUCAGGCGCAGCAACAGCAGCCGCAGGGGUUGGGACAGAAUGGGAUGGGACAUGGGCAAGGGCAAGGCCAAGGGCAGGGGCAGGGAGGAAACGAGGUGGCGCAGGCGCUGCAGAUGUUGCUAGCUGGCCAAGCCGGGCAAAUGAGGGAUGGCCAAGGCUCAGGACAGAAUCAAAGUCAAAGCCAAAGCCAAAGCCAGGGAUACCCUCCGCAGGGCGAUCUCGAACCCGCCGACUCGCAAAGCGGCCAAGCGGAUCCAUCACAAUCCCAACCCCCCAAGAAGUCCAAGAAACGCCAACGGAGGCCUCCCGUGCGAGCUCAACCGGAUCCCGACGGACUGGGUCCAGUCUCAUCCCACACCUCGCCCGCCUCGCCCAUGGUUCCCCCGGCACCACCUCCCUUCCCUGCUCCGGCGCGCGGCAAAGGCUCCAGACUCGCGAUGAGCAAAGACGAGCUCAUGGAGCGGCGAAAGGAGCGGAACAAGGCGAGUGCCAAGGCCAGCCGGAACAAGAAGGCGACCGCGCUGGAGCUGGCGAAUGAUGCGUUGAAGCGCAAGGCGGAGGAGGUGGAGGAUUUGACAGAGAGGUGUGAGCGAUUAGAGCGGGAGCUGGAGGAUCUGAAGGCGCUUAUACAUUCUGCGGGGCUGCAUAUACCCACACCUGCGCCUACGCCGAUCGGGCUCCAAGUGACAUCAACGAACCCCAAUUUGUCCUCUCUCGGAUCGCCGUCCAAUUCCAAUCCCAAUUCUAAUCCCAGCGCCAAUCCGAACCCCGGCACCAAUCCUUCGGGCACUGCCCCGCCAGACACAGCUCCACUGGACGCCUCGCACCCCUUCCCAUUCCCCUUCAAUUUCAACUUCAACUACCCCGCUUUCCCCGACUUCCCGACGGACCUUUCUGCGGAUCCGGCCGGGUCCAAUCUGGGCAUGGGCAUGGGCAUGGGCAUGGGCAUGGGCAUGGGCAUGGGCCUGGACGCGGGCUUCGAUUUCAACAUGUUUAUGAAUAUGGAUAGUAUGGAGGAUGAAGAGGCGGAUGGGGACUUUGAGCCCGAGACGUCGCCUCAUCGCGGGAGCGAUACGGACGGGGAGCAGCCUGCGGAUGCGGACGCGGAGGAGGAGGAAGAAGGGGAUGGGGAGGACGAGACGACGCCGGUUGCGAAGCGGCAGAAGAGGCGAUCGGGUUCGAAAGAAGGGCUGGGGGAGGGGGAGGGAACACCUACGGACCAGGCGCAGGAAGAAGGGUUUACGCCUGACGAGGGGCAGGGCGAUGAGCCCGAAGAAGGGGAGGGAGGGAUGGAUGUCGACCUCGAUCUCGACCUGGACACGCCCGCGGAUUCGAUGCGCGCCGGAGGGGACGAAGAGGACUUUAUCGAUCCGGAAAUGGAAGAUGAGGAUCUCUUUCUUCCUAUUGAGGAUGUACCUGUUCCGCCUUCUUCAUCGUCGGCGGCGUCGUCGUCGGAUCCCAUGGCGGCUUUAGCUGGCGCGGGAGCGGGACCAGGAGACGUGACGGGCGACAUGAUGAAGGCGUUAAAGGUGGAUACGAGGGAUCAACUCGCGGCUGUCAUGCAGAAAUUGGUGGAUUCUGCGGGGGAGGGUGGGCUUGUGGGUGUGGAUCCGGGGGUGGUGGAUAAGUUGAAGAAUGUGAUUAUGAUGGCGAGGGAGCAGGCGGAGGCGGCGAGGCGGUAG